GCUUCUCGACUUCCUUUCAAGAUGGCUGCUGCGAAGGAGCUCUCGAGCACCAGCGAUUCGGCGGGAGGAAACGGGCGCCGCGGGCACCUGGGCAUCCCCGAGGCUGUGUUCGUGGAAGAUGUAGAUGCUUUUAUGAAACAACCUGGGAAUGAGUCUGUAGAUAUUGUACUCAAGAAAUUGGAUGAGCAGUAUCAGAAGUAUAAGUUUAUGGAACUUAACCUUGCUCAGAAGAAAAGAAGGCUAAAAAGCCAGAUUCCCGAAAUCAGACAGACAUUACACAUUUUAAAAUAUAUGCAGAAGAAAAAAGAGACCACAAAGCCCUUGGAGACUAGAUUCUUAUUGGCUGAUAACCUUUACUGCAAAGCUUCAGUUCUUCCUACGGAUAAAGUCUGCCUGUGGUUGGGGGCCAACGUGAUGCUUGAAUAUGACAUUGAUGAAGCUCGGGCCCUCUUGGAGAAGAACCAUUGUACUGCCACCAGCAAUCUGGAAUCUCUUGAGGAAGAUCUGGACUUCCUUCGGGAUCAGUUUACCACCACAGAAGUCAACAUGGCUCGGGUUUACAACUGGGAUGUCAAGAGAAGAAACCGAGAUGAGCCCACCAAAGCUAAAGUGUAGCAUGCCGCUUUCCCAAGGGGCUUGACAAACUUCAAGAAAUCCAAAUUUUUGACUUUGGAGUAAAUGCUUUUCAAACAAAAAAAGACACUUUAGAGUAAAACUAAAGGCAAUAUUGAGCACACAUUGAUUUCAUGAAAUUAUUAUGGUUGUUAAAGGUCAUGCUGGGGUUGGACUCAGUUAUCCCCAAGGUUAACUUUGACACUCUGGAUCUUUGGGGCACGUGUGAAAUGCACUGUUGGGCAUUUUGGUGGGGGGGCAGAGGUGGGGGAGGGGAGUUGCUUUUUUUAUUUAUUGUAGGUUACCUUUGAAGAAGUGAAGUCAGUUUAAAGGUUGGGAAAUUCUUGGAGACCUGUGGCUCUGGGUUAAACCGGUCUCCUGUAAGUUUGGUACUUCACAACUUAAUUUUUUUUUCUCAUGUCAGUUUGGUUAGUUACGGAUCAAUUUACUGAAUGUCCUGCCCUUUUUUAGACUUUAUCUACUUUUAUAAAUAAGAUGUGCAGUAUAGCUGAACAGCAGUAGGUUUUGUUGAGGUGGCAUAUUCAUCCCCCAUCUGCAGAAUGCCCACUUCUCCUGCCCUUUACAUUUCUUGGUUAAAUCUAAGUUGAACAUCCUGACUGCUUUUUCUAUAAGGCAUCUUAACAGGGGAACAAAAUUAAAUGGUUAUUUCUUUCAAAGGAAGGAAGUCUUCAAGCUGUUCUGACUUAAAAGCCAACAUGACACCAGCUCAUAAAGGAUCUGUGGAAUUAGAUUAUGAUGUCUUCUUCCACUUUGAAGUAGUGAGCAAUACAUUUAGAAUGGUUUUAUACUUUUGUUUCAUAAUAUUAAAACAACAAAAUUAAAUAUUUAGCAAAGCA